CGGGAGAGGCAACGGAGGGAGAUGAGGAGAUACGUGGGAGCGAGGGAGCAAGGGAGGGAGAGAAGGAGGUAGAGAAGAGCGGAGGAGAGGGGAGGGAGCGCAGCUUGGUUGCUCCGUAGUACGGCGGCUCGCGAGGGAGAAUCCCUAGCGGGCUCCGGGACGCACGGAGAGGCGGGCAGGCGGGCGGGGAUGGUGUGUUGGGCUGAGGCUCCUGCGUCCCUCUCCGCCGCAAGUGAGCUGCACUGAUUUGUCCCUGGGGCGGCAGCGCGGACCCGCCUGGAGAUGAGGCGUCGAUUAGCAAGGUAAAAGUAACAGAACCAUGGCUCAGUUUCCAACACCUUUUGGAGGCAGCCUGGAUAUCUGGGCCAUAACUGUAGAGGAAAGAGCAAAGCACGAUCAACAGUUUCAUAGUUUAAAGCCAAUAUCUGGGUUUAUUACUGGUGAUCAAGCUAGAAACUUUUUUUUUCAAUCUGGGUUACCUCAGCCUGUUUUAGCACAGAUAUGGGCGCUAGCUGAUAUGAACAAUGACGGGCGAAUGGAUCAAGUGGAGUUUUCCAUAGCUAUGAAACUUAUCAAACUGAAACUGCAAGGGUACCAACUCCCUUCCACACUUCCCCCUGUCAUGAAACAGCAGCCGGUUGCUAUUUCUAGUGCACCAGCCUUUGGAAUAGGAGGCAUCGCCAGCAUGCCACCACUCACAGCUGUUGCUCCGGUGCCAAUGGGAUCCAUUCCAGUUGUCGGAAUGUCUCCACCUCUAGUAUCUUCUGUUCCUACAGCAGCAGUGCCUCCCCUGGCUAACGGGGCUCCCCCUGUUAUACAACCUCUACCCGCAUUUGCUCAUCCUGCAGCCACGUUGCCAAAGAGCUCUUCCUUCAGUAGAUCUGGUCCAGGGUCACAAUUAAACACUAAAUUACAGAAGGCACAGUCAUUUGAUGUGGCUAGUGCCCCUCCCGCGGCAGAAUGGGCUGUCCCUCAGUCAUCCAGACUGAAAUACAGACAGUUAUUCAAUAGUCAUGACAAAACUAUGAGUGGACACUUAACAGGUCCCCAAGCAAGAACUAUUCUUAUGCAAUCAAGUUUACCACAGGCUCAGCUGGCUUCAAUUUGGAAUCUUUCUGACAUUGAUCAAGAUGGAAAACUCACAGCAGAAGAAUUUAUCCUGGCUAUGCACCUGAUUGAUGUAGCGAUGUCUGGCCAACCACUGCCACCUGUCCUGCCUCCAGAGUACAUUCCGCCUUCCUUUAGACGAGUUCGAUCUGGCAGUGGUAUAUCUGUCAUCAGCUCAACGGCAGUAGAUCAGAGGUUACCAGAGGAACCAGUUUUAGAAGAUGAGCAACAACAGCUAGAGAAGAAAUUGCCUGUAACAUUUGAGGAUAAGAAGCGCGAGAAUUUUGAGCGUGGCAACCUGGAACUCGAAAAGCGGAGGCAGGCUCUCCUGGAACAGCAGCGCAAAGAGCAGGAGCGCCUGGCCCAGCUCGAGCGCGCGGAGCAGGAGAGGAAAGAGCGGGAGCGCCAGGAGCAGGAGCGCAAGAGACAACUGGAGCUGGAGAAGCAACUGGAAAAGCAGCGGGAACUAGAACGGCAGAGAGAGGAGGAGAGGAGGAAGGAAAUCGAGAGACGGGAGGCUGCAAAACGAGAACUUGAAAGGCAACGACAACUUGAAUGGGAACGGAAUCGAAGACAAGAACUACUCAAUCAAAGAAACAAAGAACAAGAAGACAUAGUUGUACUGAAAGCAAAGAAAAAGACUCUGGAAUUUGAAUUAGAAGCUCUAAAUGAUAAAAAGCAUCAACUAGAAGGAAAACUUCAAGAUAUCAGAUGUCGAUUGACCACCCAAAGGCAAGAAAUUGAGAGUACGAACAAAUCCAGAGAGUUGAGGAUUGCAGAAAUCACCCAUCUACAGCAACAGUUACAGGAGGCUCAGCAAAUGCUUGGAAGACUUAUUCCAGAGAAACAGAUACUCAAUGACCAAUUAAAACAAGUUCAGCAAAACAGUUUACACAGAGAUUCACUUCUGACACUCAAAAGAGCGUUAGAAGCAAAAGAAGUGGCUCGUCAGCAGCUCCGAGACCAACUGGAUGAAGUUGAGAAAGAAACCAGGUCAAAACUACAGGAGAUUGAUAUUUUCAAUAAUCAGCUGAAGGAACUGAGAGAAAUACAUAAUAAGCAACAACUCCAGAAACAAAAGUCCAUAGAGGCCGAACGUCUGAAACAGAAAGAACAAGAGCGAAAGAUCAUAGAAUUAGAAAAACAAAAAGAAGAAGCCCAAAGACGAGCUCAGGAGAGGGACAAGCUGUGGACUGAGCACACGCAGCCGGACAAUGAGCAGCAGCGGCCAAGGAAGAUUCACGAUGAAGAGAAACUCCGAAGGGAGGAGAGUGUCAAGAAGAAGGACGGUGAGGAGAAGGGCAAACCGGACACACAGGACAAGAUGAGUCGGCUUUUCCAUCAGCAUCAAGAACCCGCCAAGCCAGCUGUCCAGGCACCCUGGUCCACCACAGAAAAAGGCCCACUUACAAUUUCCGCACAGGAGAACGUAAAGGUGGUGUAUUACCGAGCACUCUAUCCCUUUGAAUCCAGAAGUCAUGAUGAGAUCACGAUCCAGCCCGGAGAUAUAGUAAUGGUUAAAGGGGAAUGGGUGGAUGAAAGCCAAACUGGAGAACCGGGCUGGCUUGGAGGAGAAUUAAAAGGAAAGACAGGAUGGUUCCCUGCAAACUAUGCAGAGAAAAUCCCAGAAAACGAGGUUCCUGCUCCAGUCAAACCUGGGCCCGACACGACCUCUACCCCUGCACCCAAACUGGCCGUGCGUGAGACCCCCGCUCCUGUGGCUGUGACCGCUCCAGAGCCCUCCACGACCCCCAACAACUGGGCUGAUUUCAGCUCCACGUGGCCCACCAGCACGAAUGAGAAGCCAGAAACCGACAACUGGGAUGCGUGGGCAGCCCAGCCCUCACUCACCGUCCCAAGUGCAGGCCAGCUACGGCAGAGGUCAGCCUUCACUCCAGCCACGGCCACGGGCUCGUCUCCAUCCCCUGUGUUAGGCCAGGGUGAGAAGGUGGAGGGGCUACAAGCGCAAGCCCUGUAUCCUUGGAGAGCCAAAAAAGACAACCACUUAAAUUUUAACAAAAAUGAUGUCAUCACCGUCCUGGAACAGCAAGACAUGUGGUGGUUUGGAGAAGUUCAAGGUCAGAAGGGUUGGUUCCCCAAGUCUUACGUGAAACUCAUUUCAGGGCCCAUAAGGAAAUCUACAAGCAUCGAUUCUGGUUCUUCAGAAAGUCCCGCUAGUCUAAAGAGAGUAGCGUCUCCAGCAGCCAAGCCAGCCGUUUCGGGAGAAGAAUUUAUUGCCAUGUACACUUACGAGAGUUCUGAGCAAGGCGAUUUAACCUUUCAGCAAGGGGAUGUGAUUUUGGUUACCAAGAAAGAUGGUGACUGGUGGACAGGAACAGUGGGCGACAAGUCUGGAGUCUUCCCUUCUAACUAUGUGAGGCUUAAAGAUUCAGAGGGCUCUGGAACUGCUGGGAAAACAGGGAGUUUAGGAAAAAAACCUGAAAUCGCACAGGUGAUUGCCUGCUACACUGCCACGGGUCCCGAGCAGCUCACCCUGGCCCCUGGUCAGCUGAUUUUGAUCCGAAAAAAGAACCCAGGUGGAUGGUGGGAAGGAGAGCUGCAAGCACGUGGGAAAAAGCGCCAGAUAGGCUGGUUCCCUGCUAACUAUGUAAAACUUUUAAGCCCCGGGACGAGCAAAAUCACUCCAACGGAGCCACCGAAGCCGACGGCGUUACCGGCAGUGUGCCAGGUGAUCGGCAUGUACGACUACAUCGCCCAGAACGACGAUGAACUGGCCUUCAACAAGGGCCAGAUCAUCAACGUCCUCAACAAGGAGGACCCCGACUGGUGGAAAGGAGAAGUCAGUGGACAAGUGGGGCUCUUCCCCUCCAACUACGUGAAGCUGACCACAGACAUGGACCCAAGCCAGCAAUGGUGUUCAGACUUACACCUCUUGGAUAUGCUGACCCCCACUGAAAGAAAGCGGCAAGGAUACAUCCAUGAGCUCAUUGUGACAGAGGAGAACUAUGUGAAUGACCUCCAGCUGGUCACAGAGAUCUUUCAGAAACCCCUGAUGGAGUCUGAGCUGCUGACAGAGAAAGAGGGUGCUAUGAUUUUUGUUAACUGGAAGGAGCUGAUUAUGUGUAAUAUCAAACUACUGAAAGCGCUGAGAGUCCGCAAGAAGAUGUCUGGGGAGAAGAUGCCUGUGAAGAUGGUCGGCGACAUCCUGACCGCCCAGCUGCCGCACAUGCAGCCCUACAUCCGCUUCUGCAGCUGUCAGCUCAAUGGGGCUGCCCUGAUCCAGCAGAAGACGGACGAGGCCCCGGACUUCAAGGAGUUUGUCAAAAGACUGGCAAUGGACCCUCGAUGUAAAGGGAUGCCACUCUCUAGUUUUAUACUGAAGCCUAUGCAACGGGUAACCAGAUACCCACUGAUCAUUAAAAAUAUCCUGGAAAACACUCCUGAAAACCACCCUGACCACAGCCACUUGAAGCACGCCCUGGAGAAAGCGGAGGAGCUGUGCUCCCAGGUGAACGAAGGGGUGCGGGAGAAGGAGAACUCCGACCGGCUGGAGUGGAUCCAAGGCCACGUGCAGUGUGAAGGCCUGUCCGAGCAACUUGUGUUCAAUUCAGUGACCAAUUGCUUGGGGCCACGCAAGUUUCUGCACAGUGGGAAACUCUACAAGGCCAAGAGCAACAAGGAGCUGUAUGGCUUCCUCUUCAACGACUUCCUCCUGCUGACCCAAAUCAUAAAGCCCUUGGGCUCAUCUGGCACGGACAAAGUCUUCAGUCCCAAAUCGAACCUGCAGUACAAAAUGUACAAAACACCUAUUUUCCUGAAUGAGGUUCUAGUAAAAUUACCCACUGACCCUUCUGGAGAUGAGCCCAUCUUCCACAUCUCCCACAUUGACCGAGUCUACACCCUCCGAGCCGAAAGCAUAAAUGAAAGGACUGCCUGGGUGCAGAAAAUCAAAGCUGCUUCAGAACUCUAUAUAGAGACUGAGAAAAAGAAGCGGGAGAAGGCGUACCUGGUCCGUUCCCAAAGGGCAACAGGUAUUGGAAGGUUGAUGGUGAACGUUGUUGAAGGCAUUGAGCUGAAACCCUGUCGGUCACACGGAAAGAGUAACCCGUACUGUGAGGUGACCAUGGGCUCCCAGUGUCACAUCACCAAGACGAUCCAGGACACUCUGAAUCCCAAAUGGAAUUCCAACUGCCAGUUCUUCAUCAAAGACCUGGAGCAGGAGGUCCUCUGCAUCACCGUGUUUGAGAGGGACCAGUUCUCUCCAGACGAUUUUUUGGGUCGGACAGAGAUCCGUGUGGCCGACAUCAAGAAGGACCAGGGUUCCAAAGGCCCAGUUACAAAGUGUCUCCUGCUACAUGAAGUCCCCACAGGGGAGAUUGUGGUCCGCUUAGACCUGCAGCUGUUUGAUGAGCCAUAGGGAGCAGGCCCUGGUGUGCUGGUAGACUUCCUCCAGCCCAAGGCAGCAGGUGCGAUCUGGACAUGGGGUUGCUUUUCUAAGACCACCGUUGGAUGUUUAGCCACAGGGCAACGGGACAGUGAAGACAGGCCCCUCAAAACUUUUAGGAAUAAUUCUUGACAAUCCUUCCCCCGCCCCCAAACAAGUUCCCAUUUUAUGAAGCAGAACUGUCUUCCUUCGUCCUCACUGCAGGCCUCAUCAUGGCUUCUAGGGUCUUUGAAAUCCCAUAGCCCCCAGCUAGAUUUGGUUGGGAGUCUGGCCCAUCCCUGGGCCCGAGGCUUGGGUCUGGUCACUGUAAAAUAGAUUUAUAAAUGCAAUGUCUGUAUUUUUGGAGAACUCAUGUAACCUUCCACCAGUCCCCACAUAGGCCCCUGGGCCCAUGAUGCCUAGUCCUUCGUGUGUUUUAGAAGUAACUAUGAAGGUCUUGCCAUUGCUUCAGAAUCUUAUUCCCCCACCGGGACCUUAUUUGAAAUGCUGCCCUGGAUAUGAUCAGUCGGGGAGGUGGUCUCCAAAUCAGACAGUGGGCUAGCUCUUUGAAGAGCUGGUCCAUGGAAGAUUCUAGCAGGUGCAUUGUUAGAGCCCUUCCAGUGCCCUCCAGGUCUUUUAUUGAUAGAUGUCAAUGAAAACUAUCACUAGCUACCUUCAGGUGACCCAGUUUUGAUUUCCAGCAUGCUUGGAAGAUGGUUAAGGAAGCUUGUUAUCUACAAAGUUAUACUUUGUUGGAUUAGAUCACCACAGGUCACCUGAAAGGCUACUUUACAAUGUCAUUGGGCCCUGGUUGCCAGCCCGGUUGGAAAAUUCUCUUUGGUUUGGAGGUCCUGUGAUGUUUCAUGACAAGAGUAAUCGCUGGUGACCAGCUCUGAGCCUGCUUUUGCUUGAAUGUGCCGGAUCCUGAUUGUCAUGGGAAAUUCUAGCAGCUGUCUUUGGUGUGUUCCCAAGAAAGAAACGUCCCCAAGACGUGAAAAAGAAAAGUCACGAUCCGGAAGUGGGAUGGAAAGAUGUAAAGGAACUCCAUUACAUGCUGGGGGGAAGGCCCUAGGAGCAUACACGCCUCACAAAUCUGGGGAGGAAGACCCAAGACUCGUUCCCAUAUUCUUCCAUAUGCAACCAACCUCUCAGUAAUGGAAACCCAUGUGCUUGUUGCCAGAGUCAGGAACGUAUGACCAUGUGCCAAGCUGUUUGGUUUGAGUUCUUUGAUUUUUUUUUCCCCCCUUAAUAGCCAGGAGAUAGGCUGGUUAACUAGAUAAUAACUCGAUUUGCUAAUGAAAAGUGUGGGCCGUAUUUUGUUCGCAUGUUAAUGUUCUCCUAAUCCCAGUUUGUUGUGGUCAUGACAUGUUCUUUGCAUGUUCUCUUGGUACUGGAGUCCAGCUUUCCUGUGUUAGACAGCGUUCUCUUCGAUUGUAGGUCUUAAUUUAACUAGGGUUGUAGAAGUGCUUUGUAAGUGGUAGCAUUAACAUAGUGGCCGAGUCUCCACUUUGCUGGGAACUGAAUGCAUAGUGUCAUAAUUUCCCAUAAGAGCUCUGUCAUAUUUCAAGCAAUUUUUAAAAUGUGUGUGUUAGAAAGGGCGACAAAGUUUACAUUUCAUACUUUUAAGAAACACUUUAUUAUUUAUUUAUUGAAGAUAGUGUAGAAUUUUGUAUCGCGAACAAACAGACAUGAGUAUUUUUUAAAACAGACACACCCUUUAGUUAGAAACUUUCAACUGAACACUGUUACAGACCAAGGUGAACUUCAGGCAUGCAUUUGUUUACCACUUCCCAGAAGAAGAUAUAGUGAAAAUACCUUAGGUUUAUAUUUUUUUGACGUUGUUAAGAAACUGUGUGGAAUUAAAUCUAUAAAUAGACAUACAACUUAUGCUUUCCUAUUUCUAUACCCAAUACAGUUUGUUCAGUGUAUUCGUGAAGGACGUGUUCUAUGGUAGAAAAAAAACGUAUGCAAUGUGUCAGCGGGGUAGUAUUGGGUCACCAUUCCAAUCCCUUUCCUUCUGUUCUCCCUUUUCUUCAUUGGCUUUCUUUGUGCUUCAGGGCUGGUCAUCACUGUUUAUCCAGGUAGGAUGUAGUGUGAACAAUGACAAGAAUCUUAGUAGCCCUUUUAGGCCUGGCGGUCACCCACUCACGGCAUCACCCACUCGCAGCGUCCCAUCAUCGGAGUUAAUGUGGCACAAAAGAGCAGUAUGUGAGUCUUUCUCCCAAGUGACUACGUUGAGCAUCCCUGAGCUGCCUCCUCCAGGACAGCAAUUCUGGAUUGGCGUCCUUGCACUCACUGGUGUAAUUCAUACUGUGACCGAUCCUACUUGUGGAUGACGUAGUCUGGCCCUGAGAUCCAGCUGUGACUCAGGAGUCAUGUUGGGGUGGGGGAGGAGAUAGAGAAACGUGGACGGUGCAUGGUAUCUCUUUGACCUCUCUUUACAAUGACUUUACAAUGUCAUUGGGCCCUGGUUGCCAGCUCGGUUGGAAAAUUCUCUUUGGCUUGGAGGUCCUAUGAUGUUUCAUGACAAGAGUAAUCACUGGUGACCAGCUCUGAGCCUGUUUUUGCUGCCGUUUUCUGGCUUUUUGGCUGCCUGGGCUAAAUUUCAUAGAGAAGAAAUGUCUCUUUCCAAUAAGCAAUCCGUUUCCUAGCGCUUUGCUUCUAAAUGCAGGGUUUCUGUAGGCCACUAUAGCCUGGCAUUCUGAUCCCAGCCCUCCACAUGCCCUUGUAAGUUUCCCAUCUACUCUGAGCCACACUGACUUCCUCUAGCCCAGCAAGGGGCUUUUCUGCUCUCAGGCUGUGUGCCGAGAACGGGAGCCCUUGGACUGGGGUUUUAUGUAGACUAGCUCUCCUGAAUGGACAAUCCGUAUCCUAAUCCCUCUGGGCAGGGUUUCUCUGGCUGGUACUGUCUUCCCUGGCAGGCAGGCUGACAGGAUCAUCUCCUGGAAACAGGUCUGCUGUCACCAGGAGAGCCUGGAGGGUGUUCAUUCACAUCCUGGGCUUGCCUGACCCGAAAGGGGGACUCUCCUAGGCUAGGGUCACCAGGGAUGCUUGAGAAAAUGGAGCCAGAUUUCCUUGUUUGACUGCUUGGAUGACAUGUCUCUGUCCUCUGACGGCAGGAAAGAGAACGGCGCUCCAAAGAACAUUAAUGUUAAAGGGGACUUUUUUUUUCUUCUUUGCUUUUUUGAAGAGCUUGAGCAUGACCUACGUAUGUGAAGGUAACCGAUUUCAUGUGGUUGAAUAGUACUGAAUUUAACUGAAAAAAGAAAAUCCCAUCAGAAAGUGGGUAAAUUGAUCACUUGCAUCUUGGUGACCUGGUACCCACCCCCCCCCACCCCUGUGACUUCCGGGGUGGGAAUGAAGUCAGGGGGUUAGAUGCUAGAGCCACCAGGGAAGGAUGAUUGGAGGUCUGCUGUCCAAGACCAGGCAGGUGAGCUGUCCCUUCAGGAGCUGGCUGGUGCAAUCAUAAGCCACUGACCAUGCAGAGUGGGAGCAUUCUCGAAUCCGGUGGGGUUGGAGAACGAGGGGAAAUGGAUGAGUGCUUCUGGUUUUAUUAGAAAGGUGGAGAUUUAGGAGUAUAAUUUAGAGUUUGCCAAUACUUUGUAUGAGGAGAAAAAGACUUCUCCAUCUCUACUCCAAAUAGCCUUUUCUGGUUGGUUGGACUUUUUGAUUUGUCAGAAGAAAAUUUGUAUUUGUGUGUAACAAUGUUAAAACUUUCUGUUGGAAACAGCUAGUGGGUUUUAAUUGUAUUUCAUGUGCUCCCUUCCCUUUCCUUCC